AUGGCCACCCCCCGCUUCUCCACAAACGACGUGACAGUCGUCUUCUUCCUCGGCGGCCCAGGCAGCGGAAAGGGCACCCAAUCCGCCAACCUCGUCAAGGACUAUGGCUUCGUUCACCUCUCCGCCGGUGAUCUCCUGCGCGCCGAGCAAAUCCGCGAAGGCAGCCAGUACGGCGACCUGAUUCGCGAGUACAUCCGCGAAGGCAAGAUCGUGCCUAUGGAAGUUACCGCUCGUUUCCUUAUCGAUGGAUUCCCUCGCAAGCUUGACCAGGCUGUUUUCUUCGAAGAAACUGUCUGCCCCUCAGAGCUUGUGUUGUUCCUCGAUUGCCCCGAGGAUGUCAUGGAGUCUAGAUUGCUGAAGCGUGGUGAGACCAGUGGUCGUGACGAUGAUAAUGCGGCUUCUAUUCGCAAGCGCUUCCAUACUUUUGUUGAGACUUCUAUGCCUGUUGUCGACGAUUUCGAGAAGAAGAAUAAGGUCGUCUCGGUCAAGGCUGAUAGCUCGGUUGAGGAGGUCUAUGAGCAUGUUAAGGCGGGUAUUGAGGCUCGUGGUUUGCACCGUCGCUAA